AGAUACUUGGGGGACCACGCGACACGAGAAAACGAUCUUUCUGGUGGCACUGGCACUUCAGUUGCUCCAUCAGGCAGACACCGUAAGCAGCCAGUGUCCAUUCGAGAGUGAUCAUUUUCUCGUUAAAGACGAGUCAUUAGAAUUUAGGUGAAGCAAAUUAUCGGCAAUUUUUCGUCCUUUAAAAGGCAAACUCAAGUUAACUGAAGAAUUGGACUUGUGAAACGGACGGUGGGAGGACCUAUUGACCCUAUCGCGUGCAUCCGCGGUGCAGAGGAGAGUCUGGUGGGAAGGGUAUUGUGAACUUUUGAGGAAUAAGUUGAGAUAUUCAGGCUGGAGGAUCCGAGAGCUGCUGCACUGAUUAAGAAUUUUAUUUUGUUCAUAAUUUUUUUUUACUUUAUUGGUUUUUUAUUUCGGGCCGAGUAACGGGGAGAAUGUGGGCCGGACAGGACGACACGCAGAGAUUCAAGACCAGGGUACUCAAACCACCUGGUGGCGGUAGCAGUGACAUAUUUGGUGGAGCACCCGAAGACAUCAGCCCCCGUCGUGUGAAGAAUCACAAUCAGUCUCAGCUCGGUACAGCGCUGUUUGGCGAUGGUGUCCCAAGUACAGGAAGCAACAGUCCCGAUUCACCCAGAGCAAAGCCCGGUAAUGAUUCAUACAAACGUCUGUUUGGCCCCCCCGAUCCAUCCAUCCCCAACACGAAAAAUCACAUGCGAAGCAAUAUAUCACUGAGUGGAUCUCAAGAUAAUGAUUCACACGAUAUCAAAGUCAACGGAGUUAACGGAGGUCUUAAGUGUAAUGGCAAUGCCAUCAAUGGGAAUGCUAAUACUAACGAUAUCACAGCAUUUAGGAGAAACAAGCGAUUUCGAGGAUCUUCCUGCAUGCCUCGAAAUCCAGUUACUGGAGACGGAAUUGACAUAACGCCGAUCAGGCGCAGCGCACGAAAGUUUAGAGAUGGAAAUCCAGUGACUGGAACUGGCUACAUCGAGACUGCCCCAUCGCAGAACGGUGGCAGCAGUGCAUCGAGCGUCAAUGGAGAUCAGAGAUCAACAACUGAUUCAUCACCAGCAAGUGUCAACAGCAAACCACGCGGUCGUGUGCCACCCGGUGGCUUCUCCUCAGGCCUCUGGUAAACUCCAGAUCAACAAUGCAAAAUCAACAACUCCAGACUAACCCGAAAAAUUCCAGCAGUCUGAAGUCUUAAAUUAUUACCCAUCAAGAAAAUUCAGAUUAAAAUUUCCCAUGGAAACAUCCAGAUUCAUUUCUGAUAGAAUAAAAUUCCACGAUGAUUAUUCAAUUCAUCAAUUAAUUGCGUGAUAAAUGAUUAAAUAAAUGCAAGUGCACCCUAACGUUUAAGUCAAGUGCUUUCUUAAUUCUGUGCCUUUUGUGUCUCACGUUUACUUUCUUAUUUUAACGAUUAAAAAAAAAAUUGUGAUUAUGAGAAUUCGAAUAUUGCUUGAUGAUGGGUAGAACGAGUCAACUUGAUCGCGAAAUUUUUCUCCAUCUUCUGAUUUUCGUCUCGUCGAGGAGAAAAAAGAGAAUUCUUGAGAUUCUGUAGAGCGAAAUAACGAAGGCGCACUUUUUUAAAUUGAUUAACUGUAGAUGAGAUUAUCCGAGUCUUGCGAGCGUGCUCUAUCGUCGCUCCUGUUCUCCUGUUAUAUUAAUUCAUCAAACGUGCGUAGAGUACUCAUUUAUUAUUCAAAUUUCCUUCACUUUUUUCAUCACUCGUGUUUAUCGGUGUGCAUCGUACAUUGAUCACGGAAUCUCCGGCAUUUUUCAUUCGUUCAAUAACGGCACACAUAAUGAGCAUAUUUAUUAGCCUCGCGACUCUGUUAUGAGCCAACAAUUAUAAAUACAAAUGAAUAAAAUAUUUAAACUCACGAGUAUACACGAGAAAAAAACACGAUAAAGCGUAAAAACACUAUUACACUUAUUAAUUAUAUCUAUUCCUCUUUUAUUUCUAUUCUUUUUGUCAGAAACUAAGUCGAAACGUUAUUAAACAUAUUGAUAACCCGUCAUUGUUUGGUGUGAGUUAAAUUGUCAAUGUAAUGUCACAAUUAGUCGUGAUUAUCCCUCCUUUUGUACUCUGGCAAUUAAUAAAAAAAUUUUGUAAGCAA